AUGGGCGCCCGCAGACUCAACUUCGUGGCGCUCGUGGCGGUGAUGGUGAUGGCCAGCGUGGCCGUCGCCAACACCGCUGCGGGCGCCGGCGCGGCGGUCUUGUUCCUCGCGGAGGAGGGCCAGGCCCGGUCGAUCUCUCGGCCGCCUGGCCUCCGGACCGUGGAGCUGGCGGCGAGCGACCACCCUUUACUACUCGGCAUGAGUUUCGACUGCAUCCUGUCGGAUGCCUCGUCGGCCAAGUGUGCCCCGGUCACACGCGGCGGCGGGCCCGACCUAGUUCAUUUCUUGGAGCGGGCGUUUGUUUUCGCAUCUUUUUACGGAGAGGAGGAGAAGCACGAGGCGCGCCUGGCGCCGGCGACCAUGAAAGCUGGUCCGGAGCAACCUGUCGCCCGUACGGCUGCGACUGCGACAACAUCAUUGUCGCAUGGACGCAGGCGCACGGCGGCACUGGUCUUGGAAACGGCUGGACGGAGGCUGGCACCCGGCACGAUCGUCGGCUUCUCGGCUGAUAGACUGGUUUUGGAUGACGACACACGGCUUGAACGACCGGCACCGACGCCGACGGCACAGGCCGCGGGUCCGAGCAGCAGCAUGUUCGCAGCAGAGCACGGAGCGAAGAGGAGGAAGAUACCGACAGAGGACGACGACGACAAUGACGCCGACGCCGACCACGGUCGCACGACUUCCCUAGUACUUUCGGCCCCGUUGGCGGACUGGCCUGGUGGUGGCGCGAAGCAGAGCCCGCACGGCUCUGCGAUGGCGCUGCUGCUGGGUCGAGUGUUCGGGCUCGCGGCAGCCCCGAGUGUUGGUGUGGUUCUCUAG